AUGGAAAUAUGUGAAUAAUUUAAAGAGACUGUAAAAAAUGUACAAUUAAUAUAGCUUCAAGAAGAAGAUGACAAUAAAAGAUAAACAAUGUUGUUUAGUGUAUGUAGAAAAUUGAGUAGAAUAUUGCCAUUUCCUUCUGUUAUCUCAGUGUUCUAAUAGAAACCUAAUAUUUUAAAAUAUUUAUUGAUUGCCAGUUAAUUAUUUGAAAAUAGUGUAUUAAUAAUUUAAUUUUAGGCCUUAUUAUUAUUUUAUGCUUUAUAAGAGAGAUACUGGGAAGAUUAGGAUUAUGUUAAACUUUAUUUUGAUUGUGUGAUCAAAUGUCUAAUAAAUUAGGAGAGUAAUGUACUAAUUAUUAACAUUUUUAGUGUAUUGUAAAACUGUGAUUAAUAAUGAAACCAAGCUUAGAUGGUUUUUAUUAGAAAACUCCAAAAUUUUUAUAAAUAAAAUCUAAUUUCCCUUUUUCGAUAAUGAGAUUGUUUGUUAAAAGGUUAAUAACUUUUUUAAGAGUUUUAUUAAAUAUAACUCUAAUUUUGAUAUGUUAAAUUCUUGUUUCUAAUUUGCUUUAGAAAAGAGAAAUGUUUGGAAUUUAUUAAGAGAAUUAGAUUUACAGUUUGAAAUAGAUGUUGAAGAUUGUAUCAUAUAUUAAAUAUUUAAGCCUUGGUUGCCUUAAGUUAAGUAAUGAGUACAAAGAACUUAGAUUUUAUAAGUGAAAAAGUAGAAUAAAAAAGAGAAGAAGCUUCAAAUUAUGGAUUAACAAAAAAAGAAUUGAAAUAAUAAAUGUUAGAAGAAUGGUUAUUUCAACCAAGUGAAGUACCAUUAUUAGUAGCUAAUCAUGCUUCUGUUGAUUAAUUGAGUAGUGAAGUUUUUAAAUCUAAUAUGCUUUUAGAUUUGUUUUUAUCUUUUUUAUUGUUUCCCACAAGAAACCCUUAGGUUGUUCCAAAUGUAAAUAUAAAAUUCUUAAUUUUAGAAAUUAUAUAAUAUUUAUGUAGAUCUAAAUCCUCCAGAACCUCCUUCAUUUAGAUAACUUAAUGUUAAUGUUUCAUAAGAAAAAAGACCUUUAAUUUAAUUUAGAGCCUUUAGAACUAUGUAAGUAAUAACUGAUAACAGAAAUAAUUUCUUAUUGACUAGAGCUAAUAAGGAAUAUUAUCAAAGAGUAUAUUCAAUGCUUUAUGAAUGUCUAAAAUAAGAUUUAGUAGCAAUAACUAUUUGUCCAGAAAUUAUUGUAUAAUAUCUAUCCUUCCUUUUAUAUCAAGAACCUGAAAUUUCAAUAUUCUUUCUAAUUUUCUAUAAUAUUCCUUAUAGAUUAAUGCUAUUUUUAGAUAUUCCAGAAAUUUCAUAAUUUUUUACAUAACUAAUGAAUUUUCUAUAAACUCCAUAUAAUAAAAUACAUAUUGAAUCUACAAAAUUGAUUUGGAAAUAUUUUGAGGUAUCUAAUUUUUUUGCUGAUUUACUUAAUAUGACUAUAUUUGACUCAAAAACUAUAGAUGAAGUAAUUACAUAAAAAUCAAAUGAAUUUUAUAGACCUAAAAAUUUAGAAGAAAUAUUAAAAAGACCAGAUUUUACUCCUUUAUAAGUUGAAAAACAAUUCCCUUAACCAGAAUAAAAGAAAGUUGCUGAAGAAAUAGAUGAAUUAGAUUAAGAUUUUGAUCAAAUCUUCCCUUAUCUUUCUAAUAAAUGUUAAAAGACUCUUAAAAUCUUUGAAAGAAUGUUAGAUUAAGCAACAAAAAAGAAAGAAAGUAAAGCAAAAUAAAGAAUGUCUUUAACAGCCACUCCACCUUAAUUUUUAUAAACUAAAAAUCUUAAAACUGAAGAAUAAACCCCUAUAACAUUUAGUCCUACUAGAAGGAGAACUAUUUUAGCACCAAGACUUGCAUCUAUACUUGAUGGAAGUCUUAAAAAAUCAUUAGUUGUCAAUCCUGUCGAAUUUGAUUGUAUGCCUUAAACUACUACAAAUAGUACUACAAGAAGUCAAUUAUAAGCUCUUACUAAUCCAAGUAAUUUAUUUGGAGUAUUAUCUGAAUAAAUUCAUUUAAUCAAUAAUAAAAAUACUUCUGAAGUUGUUUAAAAACCUAUGUUUUAAAGAAUGUUAGUAAAAAGACCAACUUAAAUGAUAAUGCUUCAUAGCAGAUCAAUGUCUAAUUAAAAAAGAGUAAGUUAAUAAUCUUCAUAAAUGAACAUAACUGAAUCUUUCAAUAAAUCAAAAAUCAGAAACUCUAUUAUCUUAAAUAAAUUCACUCAUUUAGUUGGAUCUAUAAAAACUUAUGAUAUAGAAAAAGAGUUUUGUAUUUAUCCUCCAGAAUUAAAAGAUUAAUAGAUAGAUGAUUUUGAAAAAUUGGCUUUUGAUGAUGAAUUUCAAAAACUUACAUAAAAAAAUGAGAAUUAUACAAAAGGAGUCUUAUAAUGUAUUUAUGAUAUCUUGCAUAUGAUUUUCACUUAAAAAAAGUUUAUAUUAUAAAACAACUACCAUUUUGAAAGCCCUGAUUACUAUUUAAAUAUAUUAAUGGGGGAAAAUAAAUAAUAAUUUAUAAAUAUAAUAGCCAAAAAUUAUUUAUUGAAAUAGAAAGCAGAAGAAGACUUACUUUGUACUUUUAUUAUUGCUGGCAGAAUAUAUAAUUUGAUAUUAUCUUAGUAUAAUACUAAGAUAUUUAAUAUUAAUAUUCAUGAACAUUUAAUCUUAAUUACUAAAAUUCUUUUAACCUAACUUCUAACAUCAAGAUUAUCAAUUAGAGCAAUUACAUUAUUGGAAAGUGUUACAUUGAUAUUAGAAAACACAAAAUAAUAAUUACUAACUCAUAUUCCAAUAUCUUUUUGGCAUUUAUUGAUUGAAUCUUAUACUUUACAUAAUUCCAAUUAAAUUUUCUUAAAUUACUUUAGAAGAAUAUUGAUUACUACUUUUAUCUAUGGGAAUCUUGUAAUUUAUAAUAGAGUUUUACUUAAAAUCAAUUUUCUCUCCUAUUUUAAAGAGAAUCCUGAUUAAAUUAAAUAAGUUUUUCUUGUAUUAUAUAUGAUGUUUAAAUUAAGACAAGAUGGUUUAAAAUAAUUAAAGAAAUAAAUAUCAAUAUUAUCUUCUUGGAAUGCUUUAGCAGAUUGGUUUAAAAAGUAAGUAUUAUGAUUAAUUAUUUACAGGGAUUUAUUAUGUCUUGAUUAAUAAAAGUAUUAAGAAUAUACAAAGGGACUUCGAAGUGAAGAUCUUGCUCAGAUUUAAAUAAUGAUUGAAAAUAAAGAUUCAAUAAAGAAUAAAUUUUAUAAACCUUGA